GGUGGGGGUUGAAGGGAUAUGUUUGUUUGUUUUGCUUUUUUUUUUUGCUCUCAUAAGAAGAAUGAGACUAAAAUCCUCCUUUCCAAUUAUUUUGGUUCCAAACUUGAUUUUUUUUCUGUUUAAAUGGUUCAAAGGGGCACAGUUUUCACAAGUCUUGAUAGAAAGCACACAGAGAGUUCCCAAAUGUAUUUUUAGUCACAUUUAGUCCUUUUUGAGGUAUGAUAAAGUUAAACUGCUAUAUUUUUCCUUCUUAGAGUAGAAAUUUGAAGGUAUUAAAUCUUGGAGAAAUGGCUUUCAUUCAUUUGGAUAUCAGAUGCCUGUAUACCCUUCUUCUUUGCACAGCAUUCGGCUCUACUUUGUCUUCAAAUGCUGAGAUAAAAGUUAAUCCUCCUCAGGAUUUUGAAAUAGUGGAUCCUGGAUAUUUAGGCUAUCUCUAUUUGCAAUGGCAACCUCCACUGUCUCUGGAUAACUUUAAGGAAUGCACAGUAGAAUAUGAAUUAAAGUAUCGAAACAUUGGUAGUGCAAGCUGGAAGACCAUCAUUACUAAGAAUCUACAUUACAAAGAUGGGUUUGAUCUUAACAAAGGUGUUGAAGCAAAGAUACACACACUUCUGCUAGGGCAAUGCACAAAUGGAUCAGAAGUUCAAAGUUCAUGGUCAGAAGCUACUUAUUGGAUAUCACCACAAGGAAAUCUGGAAACUAAAAUUCAGGAUAUGGAUUGUGUAUAUUACAACCGGCAACAUUUACUUUGCUCUUGGAAACCUGGCAUGUGUGUCCAUUCUGAUACCAAUUACAACUUGUUUUAUUGGUAUGAGGGCUUGGACCAUGUGUUACAGUGUGCUGAUUACAUCAAGGCUAACGGAAAAAAUAUUGGAUGCAUAUUUCCCUACUUGGAGUCAUCAGACUGUAAAGAUUUCUACAUCUGUGUUAAUGGAUCAUCAGAAUCCCAAGUUAUCAGACCCAGCUAUUUCAUUUUUCACCUUCAAAAUAUAGUUAAACCUUUGCCACCAGACGACCUUAGUCUUACUGUGAAGAAUUCAGAGGAAAUUAACCUGAAGUGGAGCAUUCCCAAAGGACCUAUUCCAGCAAAGUGUUUCAUUUAUGAAAUUGAAUUCAUAGAAGAUGAUACUGCCUGGGUGACUACCACAGUUGAAAAUGAAAUAAACAUCACAAGAACAUCAAAUGAAAGCCACGAAUUAUGCUUUUUAGUAAGGAGCAAAGUAAAUAUUUAUUGCUCAGAUGAUGGAAUAUGGAGUGAGUGGAGUGAUGAACAAUGCUGGAAAGGUAACACAUGGAAGGAAACCUUAAUAUUUUUCAUGAUACCAUUGGCUUUUGUCUCAUUACUUGUUUUGUUAAUAACUUGCCUUAUUUUGUAUAAGCAAAAAAGUUUGCUGAAAACGAUUUUUCAUACCAAAAAAGAAGCUUCUUCUAAUCAGGUGAUACAGUGCUGA